AUGAAGUCAACUGUAUCUGCAAAUGAAACAGGCAUUGAAGGAAGGAUUCAAGAAGAGGAAGAAGAGGAGGAAUACAAAAAAUUGGGCGAAAAAGGAGAAACGACAUAUAUGGAAGCUUCAGUAUCACCAUCAGCUGGCACUGGGCUGCCUGGCCUUGGUCUAUCGAUGACACCCUUCUCUAUACCUGAAUCUUCAGUGUCGAUGAAGUCAACUGUAUCUGCAAAUGAAACAGGAAUUGAAGGAAGGAUUCAAGAAGAGGAAGAAGAGGAGGAAUACAAAAAAUUGGGCGAAAAAGGAGAAACGACAUAUAUGGAAGCUUCAGUAUCACCAUCAGCUGGCACUGGGCUGCCUGGUCUUGGUCUAUCGAUGACACCUUUCUCUAUGCCUGAAUCUUCAGUGUCGAUGAAGUCAACUGUAUCUGCAAAUGAAACAGGCAUUGAAGGAAGGAUUCAAGAAGAGGAAGAAGAAAUGAAACGACUGGGAGAAAAGGGAGAAACGACAUAUAUGGAAGCUUCAGUAUCACCAUCAGCUGGCACUGGGCUGCCUGGUCUUGGUCUAUCGAUGACACCCUUCUCUAUACCUGAAUCUUCAGUGUCGAUGAAGUCAACUGUAUCUGCAAAUGAAACAGGCAUUGAAGGAAGAAUUCAAGAAGAGGAAGAAGAACAGGAAUACAAAAAAUUGGGCGAAAAAGGAGAAACGACAUAUAUGGAAGCUUCAGUAUCACCAUCAACUGGCACUGGGCUGCCUGGUCUUGGUCUAUCGAUGACACCUUUCUCUGUACCUGAAUCUUCAGUGUCGAUGAAGUCAACUGUAUCUGCAAAUGAAACAGGAAUUGAGGAAAGAAUUCAAGAAGAGGAAGAAGAACAGGAAUACAAAAAAUUGGGCGAAAAAGGAGAAACGACAUAUAUGGAAGCUUCAGUAUCACCAUCAGCUGGCACUGGGCUGCCUGGUCUUGGUCUAUCGAUGACACCCUUCUCUAUACCUGAAUCUUCAGUGUCGAUGAAGUCAACUGUAUCUGCAAAUGAAACAGGCAUUGAAGGAAGGAUUCAAGAAGAGGAAGAAGAACAGGAAUACAAAAAAUUGGGCGAAAAAGGAGAAACAACAUAUAUGGAAGCUUCAGUAUCACCAUCAGCUGGCACUGGGAUGCCUGGUCUUGGUCUAUCGAUGACACCCUACUCUAUACCUGAAUCUUCAGUGUCGAUGAAGUCAACUGUAUCUGCAAAUGAAACAGGCAUUGAAGGACGAAUUCAAGAAGAGGAAGAAGAGGAGGAAUACAAAAAAUUGGGCGAAAAAGGAGAAACGACAUAUAUGGAAGCUUCAGUAUCACCAUCAGCUGGCACUGGGCUGCCUGGUCUUGGUCUAUCGAUGACACCCUUCUCUAUACCUGAAUCUUCAGUGUCGAUGAAGUCAACUGUAUCUGCAAAUGAAACAGGCAUUGAAGGAAGAAUUCAAGAAGAGGAAGAAGAGGAGGAAUACAAAAAAUUGGGCGAAAAAGGAGAAACGACAUAUAUGGAAGCUUCAGUAUCACCAUCAGCUGGCACUGGGCUGCCUGGCCUUGGUCUAUCGAUGACACCCUUCUCUAUACCUGAAUCUUCAGUGUCGAUGAAGUCAACUGUAUCUGCAAAUGAAACAGGAAUUGAAGGAAGGAUUCAAGAAGAGGAAGAAGAAAUGAAAAGACUGGGAGAAAAGGGAGAAACGACAUAUAUGGAAGCUUCAGUAUCACCAUCAGCUGGCACUGGGCUGCCUGGUCUUGGUCUAUCGAUGACACCUUUCUCUAUGCCUGAAUCUUCAGUGUCGAUGAAGUCAACUGUAUCUGCAAAUGAAACAGGCAUUGAAGGAAGGAUUCAAGAAGAGGAAGAAGAAAUGAAACGACUGGGAGAAAAGGGAGAAACGACAUAUAUGGAAGCUUCAGUAUCACCAUCAGCUGGCACUGGGCUGCCUGGUCUUGGUCUAUCGAUGACACCCUUCUCUAUACCUGAAUCUUCAGUGUCGAUGAAGUCAACUGUAUCUGCAAAUGAAACAGGAAUUGAAGGAAGGAUUCAAGAAGAGGAAGAAGAGGAGGAAUACAAAAAAUUGGGCGAAAAAGGAGAAACGACAUAUAUGGAAGCUUCAGUAUCACCAUCAGCUGGCACUGGGCUGCCUGGUCUUGGUCUAUCGAUGACACCUUUCUCUAUGCCUGAAUCUUCAGUGUCGAUGAAGUCAACUGUAUCUGCAAAUGAAACAGGCAUUGAAGGAAGGAUUCAAGAAGAGGAAGAAGAAAUGAAACGACUGGGAGAAAAGGGAGAAACGACAUAUAUGGAAGCUUCAGUAUCACCAUCAGCUGGCACUGGGCUGCCUGGUCUUGGUCUAUCGAUGACACCCUUCUCUAUACCUGAAUCUUCAGUGUCGAUGAAGUCAACUGUAUCUGCAAAUGAAACAGGCAUUGAAGGAAGAAUUCAAGAAGAGGAAGAAGAACAGGAAUACAAAAAAUUGGGCGAAAAAGGAGAAACGACAUAUAUGGAAGCUUCAGUAUCACCAUCAGCUGGCACUGGGCUGCCUGGUCUUGGUCUAUCGAUGACACCCUUCUCUAUACCUGAAUCUUCAGUGUCGAUGAAGUCAACUGUAUCUGCAAAUGAAACAGGAAUUGAAGGAAGGAUUCAAGAAGAGGAAGAAGGAAUACAAAGAAAUUGGGCGAAAAAGGAGAAACGACAUAUAUGGAAGCUUCAGUAUCACCAUCAGCUGGCACUGGGCUGCCUGGUCUUGGUCUAUCGAUGA